GCUAGCGAGUGCUGCCACCUUUUGUGUUAGUACCAUAAAUAUACGCUGGUGGCGCCACGGUGUACCUAGGCUUUUACAGUUAUUUUCGCUAUCACGUGAUCUUCAGUUCUUCAAAAUUUUAUUUGCACGCAUUUUUUUUUUAAGUAAAUUGUGAAGUAAUGGCCGCUCAAGAAGAACAAUAUACAAAAUAUUUAAGCGAGAAUGGCAUUUUGCCGCGAUUGCUGCAAAUACUGGAGCAAUUAGUGAAUAUAGAUCCGUUGCCAACGGAUCCGCUAAUGGAAAUUCUGCACGCACUCGGCUGCCCCCUCAUACCGCAGGCCGAAAUGAAAGCGCUGGAGCGCAAAGUAUCACGGGCACAGGAUGAGCUGCGCUAUCUGCGCCGCGUGCUGAUCGAGCUGGGCGGGCAGGACGAGCUCUACGACAGCGACACGGACGAAAAUGAGUAUGUGGGCCAUGUCGGCGAAAUGGGCGCUGCGCCACUCUACUCGCCAGAUUCCGCCAACGAGGAGGAGCCUGAACAAGCGGAGCAGGAUUGUUUUAUGCCCAGACAAACGCCGCAGCCACAGUAUAUUUUGGAGGCGUCUAUUGCCAUCAGGGAGGAGCAGCCACAGCACGCCGAAUACGAAGAGGAGCAGCCCUGCUGCAGCCACUCCAUACAGGACAAUGCGCAGCACUACUAGAGUUCAACUUAUGUAUCAAGUACAUAUAUCCGCACUAUAUAUCAUAUAUAUAUAUAUAUAUAUGUAUAUAUACAUACAUGUAUCGCCUUAUACUGUAUAAUUGCAUGCGCCGUGAGAGGAAUUCACAGUUUACAUUUAUCAAAAUUUUGUUCAAUAAAUGCGUUUUACAAUGUGAGUUAAAAAAGACAACGCCAGAUCGUUGCAGAUUAUGUCAACCUACAUAUAUAAACAAUUACAUAAUAAGCAUCAAGUCCACGCUAGAACGUGGCGUAUCACAUAAUUCCAAAAAGUUAUAAGUUUAUUGAAUUAUUUUUGUACUAGUAUUUUUGCAUUAUUUUUGCGAAUGCAUUUUGAGUGAAAUAUUAAAAAUUAAGUUAAAAGUCAACAUAAGAUUGUUGCACAUUAUGUAAAAGUAAUACUAUAUCGCCAACCAUAUACAUAUAUAUGGCAGAUCCUUGAACAAAAUGUAAGAGAAUUACUCUAGCUGUAAAGAUAUGUAAUAGUUGCUCAGAGAACCCAAGGUGGGUUUGAUUAUUAUAAUCGCAACAUUUCUGAAAAUCCUACUUUAAACACUUAAAAUAUAAAAUCUUAUUUUUAACCUAAAGUUAAAAGCUCAUAAAAA